AUGGUGAUUGGAACUGUGAAGCUCAAGAGACCAGAAUUAGAAGCUCAGAGAUUUUGGGAGCUCGAGGGGAUUACAGAGGCAAGGAGCAUGCAAGAAGGGGUUUUGAAAAGCAGAAAUGCCAUGGCAGGGAACUGGUGUGCCCAGGGUGAGAUGGCAGAUUACAAUUCUCGAUCUGAGAUGAGUAAAAAAUUACAACACCAGCCCUUGGAAUUUAACAAGGACAUUGAAACCUUUAAAGGUGUUAAGUCUGAUUACUUUAAGAAAUAUGAAAGAGAAGACCAUGUGAAAAUGAUCAAGAAUAUUUAUGGCGAAGUACUCAUAGCCCACAGAGAUGGAAAUACCGGGCCAGUGCCGAUCUUUGACCAUCGCACAUUUGCUGAACAAACAGGAAAUGAUAGCACCAGUUUUAAUCUGGUGUUGUAUCGAACUCAGCUGUUCAAAAGGAUGCCACGUGGUAUUCCCAUCGUAUUCCAGAUUAAAGUCGCAGGAUCAGACUAUCACAUGUACUGCACUGAAGAAGGAGACAGAAAGGUUGUGAAGUUCAAGGAAGGCAGUGCUCCAAAAAAUGUUGAAGACAACAUGAAGAACAUCAUCUUUUACCAGCAGAUGUUUGACAACACAUAUUCCAAGUUUGAAUCUGCCUGGGCACUCGGAUGGUUCCUCUGCACUGAAGGAGCGAACAGGCCUCACAUCCUCGGUCUGAAGAAGGUCGAGAAGACCCAAGAUGAAAUGAUAGCUGUCGGUUUGGAAAACAUGCAAUAAAACACAUAAUUUCAAAUCAUUACGCCAAAUCUGAAUCCACUUUGCUGAAC